GGCAGUAAAGGGAGAGAACAAAAACAAUCAAAUGCCACUUCCUGUUCCGCUUCCCGUGGGAAAGUGGCCUUUGAAUUUUCCCACGCGCAGAUAAUCAGGGCUCGGAAGGACUUUUCCGGUGGCUGCGAAAGAACCAGCACAGCCGUCGCCUCGGUCAGCAUCUCGGAGGGGAGCGAGAGGAUGGCCCGCCUCCUGCCGGACCUCUGUAAAGAAACCCAGCUGACAGAGAGCGGCUUGUGGGGCAGCGACAAAGUCAACUGCUUGAAGGUGAAGGAGGAGAUCCCCGAGGAAGAACCAACCAGCUCAGAGGCGCAGCGACAGCACUUCCGGCAGUUCGGCUACCAGGAGAACGAGGGGCCGAGGGAAGUGUGCAACCAGCUCUGGGAGCUGUGCAACCUGUGGCUGAAGCCUGAGAGGCACACCAAGGAGCAGAUCCUGGAGCUGGUGGUGCUGGAGCAGUUCCUGGCUGUCCUGCCACCAGAAGUGCAGAACUGGGUCAGGGACAUGGAGCCGGAGAACUGUUCCCAGGCCGUGGCCCUGGUGGAGGACUUCCUGCUGCGGCAGCAAGAGGACGAGAAGCAGGAAGAGCUGAUGUUGGGCCCGUUCAAAGAAGAGGCUGCUCAUUUCCCCGCCGCUGAAGACGCUUCCUCAGACACCUGGCGGAGGGUCGUCUUAGGGGAGAUGAAGCAGGAGGAGGAGGAGGACGACGACAGAGACACGGCCUUGUUGGGUUCCGAGAGAGCGUGCAGGGAGGACGACACAGACCAUUCCGCAGAUCCGAGGCCUCACGAGAUGCUUUUGGGGGUUGCCGAGUGGAACAGUCCUGAUCUAGGGGAAGCCUCUGAGAGCCUGCCGGGAAGCCGCCCGGAGAACGGGAGGGACAAACUGGUUUGCGGGCCGCAGGGCUACCAGCCGGCCAAGGGAGGAGUGGCUGUGCAGCCGCGGAUCCAAGACGAGCGCCUGAAGAAGUGCCCGGAAUGUGGGAAGGGCUUUGUGUGGCGGUCGGAGCUGAUCGAGCACCAGCGCUCGCACACCGGCGAGAGGCCCUACUCCUGCUCGUACUGCGGGAAGAGCUUCAGCCGCAAGUCGUACAUCAUCAAGCACGAGAGGAUCCACACGGGGGAGAAGCCCUACAUUUGCUCGCACUGCGGCAAGGGCUUCAUCUCCAAGUCGGACCUGAUCAAGCACGAGAGGACCCACACGGGGGAGAAGCCCUACAUCUGCCCCGACUGCGGCAGGAGCUUCAGCAGGAAGCAGUUCCUCGUCACCCACCGGAGGACCCACACGGGGGAGAAGCCCUACAAGUGCUCCGAGUGCGGGAAGAGCUUCAGUCAGAGGACUUGCCUCGUCAUCCACGAGAGGGCCCACACCGGGGAGAAGCCUUUCAAGUGCCUGGUGUGCGGGAAGAGCUUUGGUCGCAGGGACAUCCUCAUGACCCACCAGAAACUGCACACCCGUGAGAAGGCCUUCCAGUGCACUGACUGGUUGUGAAGCGGUCCUUUUGCCCGAUUCUGUUUGCUCUUCGGGGGGGUUCAUAA